GGUAGUCACUGUGUUGGAAUAUGGUACAAGUUCUGGUGGCUCGCCGUCUUUCUACCUCUGGUCCCUCCCGACCAAGUCGUUCAUUCUUGGAGGCAUCCCUCCGUUCCGUUCGUUCCUCUUGACAGCCUCCAAUCAUGCAUAUUCGCGUUUUGGCCGCUGUGGCCGGCUUUGCUGGCAUUUCGUGGGCCGCUCCUGGCUAUCCAGCAGCUCCUAACCGUGGACCCGGCUCCCAGUCAACCAGCACUUUAUGCUACACCAAGAUGGCCACGACUCCCGCAGUUUGGAGGACAACUACCAGUUGGACAACCCACUAUACUCCCUGCACAUCGACCACGACCGUGACUGUCACCAAGACUUCGACUCCUUCCCAAGGCACGUCCACGUCUACCGUUGUCACGACGACCACUUCGAUUGGUCCUACCGUGACGGACACGGCCAGUUCCACAUUGACGGUGACCAACACUCAAAGCACCACCACCACCAGUACAGUCUCCACAACCACAACCACAACCACAACGUCCAGCGUCGCAUCAACGGUCCCUGCUCCUGUUGCAUUUAUCCCAGUCCAGACCAGCCUGCCGGGCUCUUCCUAUACAGGCUCUGGUGGAAGCAGCCCCGUCUCGAAAAAGCGAGACCUCGUUCACGAAGCCCUCGUACCCAAAUCCAACGUCGAGCCCAGUGCCCAGAUCCCACCGCACGGUCCAGGCAUCUCUCCCAACCAACAACGAAUCCCCCAGGGCGUCACAUGCCAGAUGUGGCAGCCUAGUCCCAGGUGCUCAGUAAGCACGGCUACGACAACGACCACAGUCACGGGUCCAACACCCCCUCCGACCACCACGACGGUAACUUCGACAGUGACGGUGACAUCGACCCCGGGCGCGACAACGACCGUCAUUAGCACCACGACAACGACGACGACAUCGACCGAGACCGACGUGACGACCAGCACAUCGACUGAGACAGACACUGUCUUCUCCACAACCACGACCGUCUACGCUGCCUGCGCGACCAACAACUUCGCCGACCAGUAUGACAGCCAAGGGAUUGGUAACGUCAUCCCUUACGGCGUCGGCGGGGCAUACGCCGCCUACGACACCCUGGAGGGGGUUGAUGCAUACCAAUGCUGUGUAGGGGCUCUUCACAGCACCGACCAGAUCUUCAUUUGGGCCUGGUUUCCCGACAACUCAUGCAUCAUGGGUGGCAAUCCUCCGGGGGGCGUGUGCUCACAAGCGACCGGUGAAACCUCCGUUGUCACUGGUGGUGAUCUUGUAGUCGGCAACGGUCCUUGCGGAGAGGUUCUUCCGCCACCGUGAUGUGUAUGCAGUGUUAAUCGGGAAGUUCAGUGUGGAGAAUUUGACAACGAUUAGGAGACUCUGGUAGCGAGAAGUCUCGGGCGAACAGCUGGGACAGUCGAAGCACUCUGAUUCAAGGAAGCGGCCGUUUCAUCAUUCAAACGAAGGCGCACAAUAUUUGUAUAUUCUUUCCCUCUACUUCUAAUGCAAAACAGGACACGGAAUCCAUUCACUCGGUAGCUUCCUUUUGCUUUACGGUUACGACGCCGUCUGCCAUGUGAUUCGAUCUGGAAACCCGAGGGCUAAGAGGUAUAUAUAGCUGUCUAGUAGGCUUAGUAGUUUAUUCCGGACACCUAAGAAAUAUUAUAUUUUGUUUUUAAUAUAUUGAGAUUUG